UAAAACUGCUCGGAGGCGCAGAGGAGAAGGGAGAGGCGAAGGAGAGAGAGCGAGGGGUCGGCGUAAGUGGAAUCAAGGUCUCAAUCUUUCUCGACGGUGUUCUUCGUACCUAUUCUCAUAUCCACCUUCGUUUCGUUCAGAUGAGGAAUUGAUCACAAGAUUUUCUUGUUCUGCGAUCUUCGUCACGUACGUCGCCGCUUCCUUUGGCUUUCACCCCCCUCACUCCGAUGGAUGAAACCCUGAUUCUUUUUGUUGCGUUUGCAUCAAGAACUAGUCUUUUUCUUUCACAGGCUUUUGUGUUCUUGUUCGAAGUUAAAUCAAGCUUUGUUAUUCCAUGACCCGUAUCAUAUGUGCCUUCAUUAGAUCACAGAGUCCAUGUGGUCGUCUUCCUCGUUGCAUGCAGCGCACACAUGAUUCUUCCUUUCAGGCGUGCAGUACCUGCUCAACCUGCAACUCGGCUACUGAAGACCGGUGCCUUUUCGCAUCCUGGCUUUUGCUGGCUAGCUUUACUCAUGGGGGGCUGUGUUCCUUCGAGAUGUACGGAGAAGCACACACUCGCACAUGGAGAUCUGAUUCUUCUUGCUUCUGAAACAUCUUUUACGGUGACCGAAAUAGCAGCAUUGUAUGAGCUGUUUAAGAAGUUGAGCUGUUUGAUCAUUAAAGACAGGCUAAUUCACAGGGAAGAGUUCCAACUCGCUUUGUUCAGGAACAGAAACAAGCAGAAUGUCUUUGCAGACAGGAUAUUUGACUUGUUUGAUGCCAAUCACAAUGGGGUGAUUGACUUUGGCGAGUUUGUGAGGUCACUCAGCAUCUUUCACCCAAAUGCUCCAAAAGAAGAGAAGAUUGCAUUUGCGUUUAGAUUGUAUGAUCUAAGGAGUACUGGCUACAUCGAACGCGAGGAGUUGAGGGAGAUGGUGGUAGCUCUUUUGGAUGAAUCAGAUCUGUCUCUCUCGGAUGAUAUUAUUGAAACAAUUGUUGAUAAGACUUUUGCUCAAGCAGAUUCAAAAAGUGAUGGGAAGAUAGACACAGAUGAGUGGAAGGACUUUGUUCAACUAAACCCUUCGUUGCUAAGAAGCAUGACUCUUCCAUACUUGAAGGAUUUAACCACGUCCUUUCCCAGUUUUGUCAUGAACUCGGAAACGGAUGAUGAAGGCAUGACCUCAAAUAGUUGAGACGGCUCACAUUGUGCAUGCUAAGGCCAAUGACUCCAGCUGACAUACUGCACUGCCAAAUGCAAGUUAUACAAUACAUGAAGCAUCAGAUACCACCAUGAAGCUCGUGUAUUUUUGUUUCCACUGCACAAACAAUGCUGUUGUAUAAUUAUCGUAUAUGUUAGAAAAUAUUUGUGUA